CGGAAGUCAUCUCACUGCGGGCUACAUUAGGACCAGGAAUUCAAAUACCUCACUGAACGAUUCACGUGAAAGUGUAUCCUCAUUGAAUUUAUCCACUUUGUAGACAGGAAGGAAGCUAUUGAAACAUGACAUGCCUCCUUCCGACAAAGUCAGGCAAGGCAGCUUUCCUAGGGGACGGUUUGCGAAGACAGAUAAGGAGGAUCUCCGCUCGCUUGACAGUGAGGCAAUCUCGGUGUUUGACGUGCGCCAGUAUUCGGCAGCAUGAGUCGGCCGCUAGAGUCUACCGCAAAUCCGUUGAAUCGAGGAGCUCAAUUCGCAUGGGUAUUCCGAGCAAGGGUCGCAUGGCCGAGGACACCAUGCAGCUUCUUGAUGACUGUCAACUGAAAGUGAGAAAAAUAAACCCUCGCCAGUAUGCCGCAGAGAUUCCGAAUGUUCCUGGUGUUGAGGUAUGGUUCCAGCGCGCUACAGAUGUUGUUCGCAAGCUUGUUUCCGGCGACAUCGACAUAGGGAUCGUAGGAUACGACAUGCUCCGAGAGAUCGGUAACCAGGAUGAGGACCUUGUUGUAGUUCACGAUGCACUGGGUUUUGGUGGUUGCCACCUGGCCAUCGCUGUUCCUAGCAACUGGGAGGAUGUCAUCUCUCUCCGUGACCUUCUUUCAGAUAAACGCUGGUCUAAGGAACGCCCUUUGAGAGUUAUAACAGCUUACAUGAAUCUCGCAACACAGUUUUUCGCUGAUCAAGGUUUCGAUUACGUGGAGCUUUCUACUGCUGAUGGUGCACUCGAAGCUGCUCCAGCAAUGGGUGCUGCAGACUGCAUCCUUGAUCUCGUAUCUUCUGGUACUACCCUUCGGGAGAACAAUCUGAAGCAGAUUGAGGGUGGUCGCGUUCUUGAUUCGCAAGGUGUGCUUGUUGCUUCCCGAACUGCCCUGUUAAACCGCCCUGGCACACUUGCCGUAAUACAUGAAAUGCUUGAAAGAAUAGAGGCACAUCUACGCGCAGAAGGUCUUUUUAUGGUGACCGCAAAUAUUCGUGGAUCUAGUGCAGUGGAGGUAGCAACUGUUUUAUCUAGCAAUGGAGGUCAAUUACUUCGUGGACUUCAGGGUCCGACGGUAUCCCCGAUCUACACAUACUCAACCGAUGGGUCAAGUUCAAAGGAGGGAUCUUAUUAUGCCGUAUCCAUCGGAGUUCCGAAGUCGCGCAUUUACGAGACUGUGAAGCAACUACGAAAAGUGGGCGGAAGCGGAGUACUUGUUUUCCCGCUUACUUAUGUUUUUGAUGAAGAACCACCUCGCUGGAGUGCACUUAUGAACAACCUUGGCUUGAAUGUCCGGGACUUUGAGCACCUGAAAAUUGGUGAAGAGUUUGCAAAUGACGGACAGGCAUGACAUCUUCUUGAGCUGGAGCAAGUUUUGUACUGACCUAUGUAUUCCAUUAAUGCACUGUCUCUGCUAUGACUACCUCUUCGGCUCUUGUCAGUUGCAGCUUUCAUAGAACACGCGCGAGGAAUUGGAGAAGGCGAAGUCGAUUUUUACAUUUCACUGCACGUGAGCAGACCAUUCUUUAUUAUUUGAAUAGCGAAUCUUAAGCGUUUCUUGUC